AUGAAACUUUUCCUUGUUUGGAGUGUGGAAAAUCUUUUACCCAGAAGGCCGAAUUUAAGGACACACACACUACUCACACGGGGGAGAAGCCGUUCUCAUGUUGUGAAUGCGGGAAGUGUUUCUCCUGGAAAUCAUCCCUCAUCAUACACGAGAAGGUUCACACAGGGGAGAAGCCGUAUUCAUGUUCAGAGUGCGGCAAACGCUUCAGCGAGAGAUCCAACUUGCUCAACCACGAGAGGACCCCACACUUCUGAGAAGCCGUUUUACUGUUCAGAGUGCGGAGAGUGUUUCACCCGUAGGGAAACCCUUGUCUCGCACCAACGGUCUCACUCAGGGGAGAAGCCGUAUUCCUGUUCUGAAUGUGGCAAAUGUUUCUCCUGGAAGUAUCAAUUUCUCAGGCACGAGAGGAGCCACCGUGGAGAGAAGCCAUAUUCCUGUUCAGAAUGUGGCAAACGCUUCACCGAAAGAUCGAACCUUUUCCUGCAUCAAAAAAUUCAUGCCAGCGAUCGGCCUUAUUUGUGCUCUGAGUGCGGGUCUAGUCUGAUACGACACGAGAAGGUCCACACCGGAGACAACCCGUAUUCAUGUUCCAAAUGUGGAAAAGGCUUUAAAAACAGAUCAAAUCUGGUAAGGCACGAGAAGGCACACAAUGGUGACCGCCCAUACUCGUGCUCUGAAUGUGGGAGAGGUUUUAUCAAUAAAUCGGACCUGGUUGUUCAUGAGAGGGUCCACACGGGUGAUAAACCGUAUCCGUGUUCUGAAUGUGAAAGACGGUUUUCUCAUAACUCACAUCUCGUUUUGCACCAGAAAAUUCAUUCGCGGACAAAACCUUAUGGGUGCUCAGCCUGCGAGAAGUCCUUUACCCAGAAGUCCCAUCUCUUCACCCAUCUACGGGUUCACACGGGGGAGAAGCCCUAUUCUUGCUCGCUGUGCGGGAAAUGUUUCCGAGACAAAGCCAAUCUUCUCAGACACGGAAGAAUCCACAAGGAAGACAAGCCCUAUUCAUGUCAGGUGUGCGGGAGGUGCUUUAAAGAUAAGUCGAAUCUCUCUAAACACCACAGGACUCACACAGGGGAGAAGCCCUAUUCUUGCUUCGAGUGCGGGAAAUGUUUUACAAGAAACAGCCACCUUGUCGUCCAUCAAAGAGUCCACACUGGGGAGCGACCAUAUCCAUGUGUGGAAUGCGGCAAAAGCUUCACCUGCAAAUCACAUCUUAUUUACCACCAGAGAGUUCACACGUCCGAAAAACCGUUCACCUGUUCCGAAUGUGGAAAGUGUCUCUCGCGCCUGUCAACCUUUAUAGCGCACCAGAGACUUCACACGGGAGAAAAGCCCUACCGCUGCGCUGAGUGUGGGAAGGGAUUUACCGACAAAGCGUACCUUGCCGACCAUGAGAAAAUUCACGCCACCGACAAGCCGUUUCCAUGUACCGAAUGCGGGAAGUCUUUCACGCAAAGGUCCAACCUCGUUCAUCACCAAAGAACGCACACGGGCGAGAGGCCUUUCACGUGUUCGGAGUGCGGGAAGAGUUUUACCCAGAUGGGAAGUCUGACAUCCCAUCAGAGGACCCACACUGGAGAAAAACCAUACCCAUGUGCCAAGUGUGGGAAAUGUUUUUCCCAGAAGACAUCACUGAUCAAACACGAGCAGGUUCACCUGGGGGAAAAGCCAUACAUAUGUUCCGAAUGCGGGAAGUGGUUUGCCGACAAAUCGUACCUGGACGUACAUCAAAGAGUUCACACCGGGGUAAAGCCCUAUUGGUGUUCAGAUUGUGGGAAAUGUUUUACCCAAAAGGGCAAUCUUGUUAUGCAUCAAAGACUCCACACGGGUGAGAAGCCAUAUUCCUGCUCCAAAUGUGGAAAAUGUUUUGCCGAAAAAGGUCCACUGAUCCGACAUCAAAAGUCUCACACCGGAGAGAAGCCAUACUCCUGUUCUGAAUUCGGGAGAUGUUUUGCACUAAAGUCCACUCUUGUUAACCAUCCGAGGACCCACACGGGAGAGAAGCCUUUUUCCUGUUCUGACUGCGGACGAUGCUUCACUCAGAAAGUGGACUGCGUUAAACAUGAAAGGACCCACAGGAAAGAGAAGCCAUAUUUAUGCUGCCAGUGCGGGAAAGGUUUUGUGACCAAGUCAUCGCUUAUAUACCAUCAGAUGACACACACAGGUCAGAAGCCUUUUUCCUGCCCGGAGUGUGGAAAAUGCUUUGUCCUGAAAGCGGAACUGAAAAAACACGCCAGAGUUCACACUGGGGAGAAACCAUAUUCUUGCAGCCAGUGUGGAAAAAGCUUUCCAGAUAUAGCUGGUCUUGACCGCCACAAAAUAAUCCACAUGGACCAGAAGCCUCAUUCCUGUUCAGAGUGCGGGAAGGGCUUUGCAACAAAAUCAGCUUUGGAUUAA